AGGCUGGUCUGGAACUCCUGGGCUCAAGGAAUCUACCCGCCUUGACCUCCCAAAUGCUGGGAUUACAGGCAUGAGCCAGCAAGUCUGGCCCAAGACAAUUUCUUGUUUUAUUUUUCUUUUUUACUUUUGUUUUUGGGUGGGGACAGGGCCUCACUUUGUCACCCAGGCUGGAGAGCAGUGGCCCGAUUGCACCUCACUGCAGCCUUGACCUCAUGGGCUCAAGCGAUCCUCCCACCUCAGCCCCCCAAGAAACUGGGACUACAGGCAUGUGCCACCAGGCUUGGCUAAUUUUUUGUACUUUUUGUAGAGACGAGGUUUCGCCCUGUUGCCCAGGCUGGAAUUUCUCAUUUUAAACACAAAACAGGUACAAAAACAAAAGUUUUCCUCCCAUACCUCAGUGGACUGUCUUACUCGAUUGCCCCUUGGAAACCACUUUCGUAGACCACUGAGCCACCCUCUUGUUUUCCCCUUGGACCCAUUUUGCUCAUGGAGGCGCCCUGUCUAGUUCCUACCCAGAUAGACCUUGACUUGGUUUUGCACAUUCCAUCUCUGCCUGCGCUUAGCUCUAGACCUCACGACCUGUUGGACAAGUUGCUUCCCUAAGCCCCAAUUUCUUUUCUGUAAAACGAAUGAUAGUGUAUCCACCUUAUGGGAUUCCUAUGGCAAUGAAGUAAGGUAGUGCAUGUAAAGACUCCAAGUGGCUGGCCACGGUGGCUCACACCUGUAAUCCCAGCGCUUUGGGAGGCCGAGAUGGGCAGAUCACUUGAAGUCAGGAGUUCAAGACCAGCCUGGCCAACAUGGUGAAACCCAGUCUCUACUAAAAAUACAAAAAUUAGGCCGGGCAUGGUGGCUCACGCCUGUAAUCCCAGCACUUUUGGAGGCCGAGGUGGGCGGAUCACAAGGUCAACAGAUCGAGACCAUCUGGCCAGCAUGGUGAAAUCCCAUCUCUACUAAAAAUACAAAAAUUAGCUGGGCGUGGUGGCGGCACCUGUAAUCCCAGCUACUCGGGAGGCUGAGGCAGGAGAAUCACUUGAACUCGGGACGCCGAGGUUGUAGUGAGCCGAGAUCGCGCCACUGCACUCCACCCUGGGCGACAGAGUAGGACUCCGUCUCAAAAAAAAAAAAAAGAAAGAAAAACGCUAAGUGAAGGUAGCUUUUGCCAUUCCUACCAUCUCGAUGGGCUCAGGCCACUUGAGGGCCCUGAGAUCCCGGCUGUCGAGGCCCCGCCCCGGCCCGCUCUUUGUGACGCGUGGGCGGUGCCCGCGUGCGCCCCGCCCCGCGCCUGCGGCUCUCUCUGCGGCUUGGCCCGUUAGAGGCGGCUUGGGUCCGCGGAACGCGGGCGGAUCUUCUGCGGCCAUGAGGAAGCCAGCCGCUGGCUUCCUUCCCUCACUCCUGAAGGUGCUGCUCCUGCCUUUGGCACCUGCGGCAGCCCAGGGUUCGACUCAGGCCUCCACUCCAGGCAGCCCUCUCUCUCCCACCGAAUACGAACGCUUCUUCGCACUGCUGACUCCAACCUGGAAGGCAGAGACUACCUGCCGUCUCCGUGCAACCCACGGCUGCCGGAAUCCCACACUCGUCCAGCUGGACCAAUAUGAAAACCACGGCUUAGUGCCCGAUGGUGCUGUCUGCUCCAACCUCCCUUAUGCCUCCUGGUUUGAGUCUUUCUGCCAGUUUACUCAGUACCGUUGCUCCAACCACGUCUACUAUGCCAAGAGAGUCCUGUGCUCCCAGCCAGUCUCUAUUCUCUCACCUAACACUCUCAAGGAGAUAGAAGCUCCAGCUGAAGUCUUGCCUACCACGAUGACUUCCCCCAUCUCAGCCCACUUCACAGUGACGGAACGCCAGGCCUUCCAGCCCUGGCCUGAGAGGCUUAGCAACAACGUGGAAGAGCUCCUACAAUCCUCCUUGUCCCUGGGAGGCCAGGAGCAAGCGCCAGAGCCCACACAGGAGCAAGGAGUGGAGCACAGGCAGGAGCCGAUGCAAGAACACAAGCAGGAAGAGGGGCAGAAACAAGAAGAGCAAGAAGAGGAACAGGAAGAGGAGAGAAAGCAGGAAGAACGACAGGGGACUAAGGAGGGACUGGAGGCUGUGUCUCAGCUGCAGACAGACUCAGAGCCCAAGUUUCACUCUGAAUCUUUAUCUUCUAGCCCUUCCUCCUUCACUCCCCAGGUACGAGAAGUAGAGUCUAGUCCUAUGAUGAUGGAGAACAUCCAGGAGCUCAUUCGAUCAGCCCAGGAAAUGGGUGAAAUGAAUGAAAUAUAUGAUGAGAACUCCUACUGGAGAAACCAAAACCCUGGCAGCCUCCUGCAGCUGCCCCACACAGAGGCCUUGCUGGUGCUGUGCUAUUCGAUUGUGGAGAAUACCUGCAUCAUAACCCCCACGGCCAAGGCCUGGAAGUACAUGGAGGAGGAGAUCCUUGGUUUCGGGAAGUCGGUCUGUGACAGCCUUGGGCGGCGACACAUGUCUACCUGUGCCCUCUGUGACUUCUGCUCCCUGAAGCUGGAGCAGUGCCACUCAGAGGGCAGCCUGCAGCGGCAACAAUGCGACACCUCCCACAAGACUCCCUUUGUCAGCCCCUUGCUUGCCUCCCAGAGCCUGUCCAUCGGCAACCAGGUAGGGUCCCCAGAAUCAGGCCACUUUUACGGGCUGGAUUUGUACGGUGGGCUCCGCAUGGACUUCUGGUGCGCCCGGCUUGCCACGAAGGGCUGUGAAGAUGUUCGAGUCUCUGGGUGGCUCCAGACAGAAUUCCUUAGCUUCCAGGAUGGGGAUUUCCCCACCAAGAUUUGUGACACAGACUAUAUCCAGUACCCAAACUACUGUUCCUUCAAAAGCCAGCAGUGUCUGAUGAGAAACCGCAAUCGGAAGGUGUCCCGCAUGAGAUGUCUGCAGAAUGAGACUUACAGUGCGCUGAGCCCUGGCAAAAGUGAGGACAUUGUGCUUCGAUGGAGCCAGGAGUUCAGCACCUUGACUCUAGGCCAGUUCGGAUGAGCUGGCGUCUAUUCUGUCCACAGCCCAGCCCAACCUGCCCACAUUCUCUAUUGUUUUGAGACCCCAUUGCUUUCAGGCUGCCCCUUCUGGGUCUGUUACUCGGCCCCUACUCACAUUUCCUUGGGUUGGAGCAACAGUCCCAGAGAGGGCCACGGUGGGAGCUGCGCCCUCCUUAAAAGAUGACUUUACAUAAAGUGUUGAUCUUCA